AUGGGUUUUUCACUUGGAACAACAGCAUUGUCAAUGUUCUUUUUUGAGAAACCUGUUGUUUUUACUAUAAUUCAAAUAACAAUGAUCAUAGUUAAACCUGCCAAAUAUAAAUUGAGUGACCCGUUUAGGCCGAAAGAUACAUCGAAAUUAUCAGAGUCUAUAAUUAUGUAUUUCAAAUUGUUUCACAUAUUUUUAGGCAUCGAUCUUGGUGGAUUUCGUUACCAGAAUCGACAAGUCAAAUACGCUGUGAGAUUAAUAUCAUUGAUCCAGCCAUUAGCCAUUUAUGGUUUGUGUAUAUACGCUUUAUUAAAAAUUAUUGCGAACACUGAAUUCUUAUGGUACACUAUAUCCUUCACCGAAUAUGUAGCUAUGUCUGUCGCCAUUACGCUAUUCAGUAACGAAAUGACGUACUGCAAUUUUAUGAUUAAUUUAAAGUUCAUCGAUACAAAAUUGAAAAUUGGCGAUGAAUCGUUCAGAAUUGGAGUGAAGCUUAUAUCCAGUACUAUUCUCAUCGGAGUUACUAGAUGUUUCACGACGACGACUUAUUGUCUCCUUGGCUUCUGUGCAAAACCGACUGCAGCACAAAUUUUAUUCCAAAUACCGUGGCUCACGAUAGACUUAAUGCUUUUACAAUACAUGUUUAUAUUCUAUGCGUGCUACUGUCGCUUAGUGAAAAUCUUGAGAAUUUUGAAAAAGCGGAACACAGAUAUAGAGGAGAUGCGUAGGAUUUAUAAAACACUAGUUGACGUGUUGGAUAGAGCAAGAGCGCCAUUUGAUUUAGCGUAUCUAUUAGGAUUACUCUUUAGUAUACCAGAUGUGCUUUAUUCGAUCUAUGAGUCAAUAAUCAAGGUUGGAGAGAUAAACACCGCAAAAGCAUUAUCAAUGAGUAUAAUAUACAUUACGAACAUACAAUCACUGGCGCUGAUGUUUGCACCGGCUUUAACGGCUGGAUUCCUCCCAUCGUUGACGAUGAAAAUGAGGAUAAUUUUACAUGACAAACUAUUGGAAGAACAAGAUAAAAAAACGUAUCGCCACAUCGUGCUUUUCAUCAAAUAUAUCGAAACUUGCCCCUUGAAGUUAAAGGCGUGUCAGAUAAUACCUUUAGAUUUCAGUUUCCCGAUAAUUAUCCUUAAUAUAGUGGUGACAUAUUUGAUUGUGGCCAUACAGCUCACGCAUUUUUUGUAGUACCUAACAUUUGCUAUUACUCAUUAUCUUAGAGUUUGACAUCUAUUUAAUAAUCUAUCAAGGUCUAUUCGUUAUCACGAAAUAUUCCUGUAACCAGUGGAUUCUUCGAUUUAACUAUCAGGAUAUUUGAGGCGAUUGAAACAAAAUUUACAAAAUUCACUAGAGAUAGUUUACAACUUCCAAUAAAUAAAUGAAUUAAAAAAAAAUACCUCCCGUACCGCGGAUGCCAAAUACAUUUUUCAAACCAGGAACCACCAGGACCAGGAAUAUCCUAUGUACAGAAAUAACAGCCAUUAACCAAUAGAAAUGUGUCCAUUUUAUUAAAAGAGUUAUUUAAAUGCACGCACAGAUUGAAGCAGUUACAGUUCGUUGUGAAAAAACAAAAAGCACUAAUUAUAGAGUGUAAAAAGAUUUCACUUUUGAGACAAACUAAACUUGCGUACGCACAGUAUUAGCAGCUCUUAUAAACAAAUGGGCUGUUAAUGCGUCAAUUUUAAGAUUUUUAAGCUGACGGAAAAUAAAUCUUAUUUUAAUUG